AUGCCAUGAGAGAAACAAACGCCGUCGUUUGAGCAAAGUAUAAAAUUGCAGUGACAGUAAUCGAACUGACCGGUCCAUCAUCGUGAAGCCAUUUUUCCAUGGCUUCGUCAUCUCUCUCUCCUCCGGGAGUUCCGAUGGAGCUCCACGUCACCAACCGAGAGAAGCUUCUCAGUUGUCUUCGCCAUGACCUCUCUCACUCCUCUCGUCCUCUCCACGGCUUCGUCUUCCUUCAGGGAGGCGAUGAACAAACGCGCCACGAUACUGAUCACAUCGAACUCUUCAGGCAGGAGAGUUUCUUUGCUUACUUGUUUGGAGUCAGAGAACCUGGCUUCUAUGGAGCUAUUGACAUUGCGACUGGGAACUCAAUCCUGUUCGCUCCUCGAUUACCUUCAGAUUAUGCUGUUUGGAUGGGAGAAAUAAAGCCAUUAUCCCAUUUUAAGGAAAGGUACAUGGUUAGCAUGGUGUACUACACUGAUGAGAUCACAGGAGUUUUGCAUGACCAAUUCCAAGGAUCUGGUAAACCUUUGUUGUUUCUGUUGCAUGGGCUUAACACUGACAGCAAUAACUAUGCAAAACCAGCAGAGUUUGAGGGUGUGGAUAAGUUUGAGAAGGAUUUGAAAACCUUGCAUCCAAUUUUGACUGAAUGCCGUGUUUUGAAGUCGGAUAAGGAGCUUGCCCUCAUCCAGUUUGCCAAUGAUAUAAGCUCUGAAGCUCAUGUUGAGGUCAUGAGAAAAACUAGAGUGGGAAUGAAAGAGUAUCAGUUGGAAAGCGUGUUUCUUCACCACACCUAUAUGUAUGGUGGCUGUAGGCACUGUUCUUACACAUGUAUUUGCGCUACUGGUGAAAAUAGUUCUGUGCUGCACUAUGGGCAUGCAGCGGCUCCAAAUGACAGGGCUUUGGAAGAUGGAGAUAUGGCAUUGCUUGAUAUGGGAGCUGAAUACCAUUUUUAUGGUUCUGACAUAACUUGUUCAUUUCCUGUGAAUGGGAAGUUCACUAGUGAUCAGUCACUCAUAUACAAUGCUGUACUUGAUGCACAUGAUGCUGUAAUAUCUACAAUGAAACCUGGAGUAAACUGGGUGGAUAUGCACUUAUUAGCAGAGAAAAUUAUACUUGAGUCAUUGAAGAAAGGAUGCAUCAUUGUUGGCAAUGUCGAUGAUAUGAUGGCUGAACGAUUGGGUGCCGUUUUCAUGCCUCAUGGUCUUGGGCAUUUCCUUGGUAUUGAUACACAUGAUCCUGGGGGCUACUUAAAGGGGCUGGAGAGACGAAAAGAACCUGGAUUGAGGUCUUUACGUACAGUUAGAGAGCUCCAAGAGGGGAUGGUGAUAACAGUAGAGCCUGGAUGCUACUUCAUUGAUGCUUUGUUGCUUCCAGCCAUGGAAAGUUCAAAUACUUCAAGAUUCUUCAAUCAAGAAGUAAUUGGCAGAUUUAAAUGCUUUGGUGGGGUUCGAAUUGAAAGUGAUGUGCAUGUUACUGCCAGUGGUUGCAAGAACAUGACAAAGUGUCCCCGGAAAAUAUGGGAGAUCGAAGCAGUGAUGGCAGGAGAACCAUGGCCACUCGUUAAGACCCUAUAGAGGAUGGAGACUGCGUUUAAAAGUCACUGCCCUUGAUAAUUUGCUCAGGAAUGUGCUCUUAACUUGUGACGUUGCUAAGGCAACCUAUUACCUCGUGAAGUUUAGUUUGAAGUACUGCAUUGUGUUUCUAAUAAUGGGCCGGAUUGAAAAAGCUUUUGAACUCGGUUUCUUUUGAUGGAAAUAUUUUUUCUGGGAAGUGAUUGAUUUUUUUGGAAAA